AUGAUAUGGGCUACUAUUGCUACCAUUCUCGUGGGUCUUGGUACAAGUGCCGAGCAAUCCAGGGCGGCUCGUUUGCUCGGGUCUGAAGUCCCGGCCAAGAGAAAAUUGAGGUCUGACAAUCUCAUUAACGAUAACAAAGAAGAGAGGACGCCGGAAAAAUUUGGAAUUGAGGAUUUUUUUGCCGAUAAGAUUCCUGAAACAAUAGACGAGAUACUGUCGUCGGUCCCGCAUCAACACUCUGACCCCGCAGUGCCCGCGGUUGCUAAAUUCCAUCCACCUCCGCAUCAACACUCUGACGGCGCAGUGUCCACGGUCUCACAACAACCAGUGUUAACUUUUGAUGAGCCCUUCAAAUAUUCGCAUGAACGCUCUGACUACGCAGUGUUCACCCUUGAUACGCUCUUUUUACCUCCGCAGCAAGGCUCUGACGCAGCAGUGGGACCGUGGACACAUCUACCAAUGUUCACUUUCGAUGAGCACUACUUAUCUCCGCAUCAACACUCUGACGCCGCAGUGUCUACGGUCCCGCAUCAAUACCCUGAAGCCGCAGUGCCCACGAUCGAUGACUUCCACGUACCUUACAAUGAUGUUAAAGGUCAGCUCGAUAUCGUGUAUAAAUACGUGGGUUUUACAAAGGCAGAAGAUCGACAUGCACAAUGGCUGAAGAAGAAUACGCAUCCCACCAAAGUUUUCGGUGAUUUAAAAUUUCUCCCUGGAAAUAAUCUGCUUGUACAGAUUCCAACGUUUAGAUGGAUCUAUUACGUGGACCAGUACAAUAAAAAGAACCCCUUGCACCCCAUAAAACUGCUUGGUGUUCUGAAAGAAGUAGGAUAUGAUGAAAAAGCUGUGAUAAAGUCGGUAUGUUUCCCGAAUAUGGACAAAGAGGUCAUAGCUCAAACAAGUGGCAUGGUGCAGGUGCAGCACAUCGGCAGCCGAAAAGAUUACGAAGUGGCGCUGAUAGAUGUACAGCAAUACGCCAAAACGCGACUAACACAGGGGUUGAUUCAAUCGUGGCUCGGUGACAGGUUAAGUGUAGCUACUGUCAUCGUCCGUCUCGGUCUAUCGCCGGAAGCCUUAGAUACCGGUUACGAUUUCUCUCGUUACAAAAUAUUGGUGAUGUACGAAAUAAAUUGGAAUCUUCAGCAUAGACCGAAGACAUUUACAAGUUUACAGGCUAAUGCUUUGAUGAAACUGUGGGGAUAUACAUUGGAGGAUUUCAAGACAUUAAAUAAGCAGAGUGACCAAGAGUCUGCCCUAAAGGAACGAGAAUUUUAA